AUGGGCACAGUUCUCUUCCCCAGCCUCAGGGGACACUAUGGCUUGGUCACCAUUGGAAUCAUAUCCAGCUGGUUCCACAUGGGUUGUCUGACACUCUGUGUAUUUUCUGUGUUUGCUCCUGGAAGUCCUUUUGAUCUGGCUGUUUUCUUACUUCCAUUAAGCAAAAACUUUUCUUCAAACCAUGAGUUGCUAAAAGACCAGGUCUGUAUUUAUUCCUUUGAAAGAAACAUGAACCAACCUAUCCUUCCAGACCAUUCCUCCAGUCACUGGACCAAUAGCACAGUUCUAUUUGAACGAGGGCAGGACCCUGAGCAUCAUGUCUUACAUCUCCAUUACCUUGCUCUUCUCAGUGUGAUCCUGGCAAGAAUCAGUGAGCAGUGGGUCAUGUGUGGCAUAGGAUUUUCUGCAGCCUGUGAUGUGGCUAAGUAA